CAAACUAGGUAACAUCAUCAGUGUUAGCUCACAGUGAGCUACGCUAACGAGGAUGGGAAGCAAAACGACCCAGAAAUAAAGUCCUUUGUUAGCCGCUGGGUCCAAUUUCUACACUUUAGGUCUUGCCGAACGACUUCCUAAACUUUCACCGGGUUGUUUCUAAAAGAGCACCUCCGCCGGCGUUGUUUGCGCCUCGGAAACUCCCGAGGCCGGUAGACUCCUCCCCGCUGAUGGGAUAGCCAAGGGGACGAGCUGAGAACUUUCCAGCCGGGGAUGCGCGCAGCGUGGCUCAAAGAGAAGCAGGCUGGUGCCUCCCGAAGAGUUUUAAUCGUGGGCGCCUGUAAUAGCCCGAGCGGCAAUUAGGAGAGAUGAAACGUGAAGAAACCAGAUCGAACUGCGGUUUCUGGAUGGUUUUCAAAGGCAGCCCCAAGUAGAGCACAUUGCAGUAGUCCACUGAGAGGUGUGAUGAUUAACAAAGAGCAGUGGUUCCCAGGAACAGGAACUACUGUGACCAGAUGGAGUUUUGCAAAGGACUUCAUGGCUGCAGCUGCCAACUGCUUUUCAACAGGAACCAUGAGGACCCAAAAGGAACUCCAAAUUGCAUGCCAAGUCUGAGGAGGCAUUUCCCUAAACCAAAAAUGGAAACUUCCACUUUCUGGGGACAAGAUUCACUGAAGCAAUUGAGGGCAUGCCCUGGAUAAAAGUGCUGAAGAGGACACCCAACUAAAUGACUCUAUAGCUGGGAUAAGAAGAUCAAAGGUUUACCUGCCAAAGAAUUAAACAGCCUGUCACCUAUUAUCUCUUCAACCUGAGAGUGGAUGAAUUAACUACUAGUCAGAGCUGACGACCCCAAACUCCAUGAUAUGAAGAAAUCCCAUAAGAGACCACCCUUAACCAAUUGCAACUUCCAAUGAGUCUUCUGGGGGUUAUAUUUCAAAGGUGCUGGUGAGUCAGGGAAGAGUACAAUUGUCAAACAGAUGAAAAUUAUCCAUCAAGAUGGCUACACAGAAGAAGAAUGUAUGGAGUUCAAAGCAGUCAUAUAUAGCAACAUACUUCAAUCCAUCUUAUCAAUCAUCAGGGCCAUGACUACUCUAGGCAUAGAUUUUGCUGAUUCAGGCCGAGGGGAUGAGCAACGGCAGCUGUACAGUUUGGCCGAUUCGAUUGACGAGGGUACCAUGCCUCCAGAAUUGACAAAUUGUAUAAAGAAACUAUGGGCUGAUGGAGGAGUUCAAGCGUGCUUUGACCGAGCAGCUGAAUAUCAGCUCAAUGAUUCUGCUUCAUACUAUCUUAAUCAGCUGGACAGGAUCACCGCUUCUAACUAUCUUCCGACUGAACAGGAUGUAUUGCGAUCCCGAGUUAAGACCACAGGUAUCAUAGAGACAAAGUUCUCUGUCAAGGAUCUUAAUUUCAGAAUGUUUGAUGUAGGUGGGCAGAGAUCAGAGCGCAAAAAGUGGAUCCACUGCUUUGAAGGGGUGACCUGCAUCAUCUUUUGUGGCGCUCUUAGUGCGUAUGACAUGGUCUUGGUAGAAGACGAUGACAUGAACCGGAUGCAUGAAUCUUUGCAUCUCUUCAACAGUAUAUGUAAUCACAAAUUCUUUGCUGCCACUUCCAUAAUUCUUUUCUUGAACAAGAAGGACCUCUUUGAGGAAAAAAUCAAGAAAGUACAUCUCAGCAUUUGCUUUCCUGACUAUGAUGGCCCCAAUACAUAUGAAGAUGCAGGCCAUUACAUCAAGCUCCAGUUUCUUGAUCUAAACAUGAGAAAAGAUGCAAAAGAAAUUUAUAGUCACAUGACUUGUGCCACAGAUACGCAGAACGUCAAAUUUGUAUUUGAUGCAGUAACAGAUGUAAUCAUCAAAGAGAACCUAAAGGACUGUGGUCUCUUCUAAGAUUACAGCUUUUUAAAAGAAAAGGAACUAGGGCUUCCUGAGAGCUUCACCAUUCUGCUGAGCAGAGGCAACAGUCAUUCAGGAAUCUAUACUUCUCCAUAGAAGAUAAACAAUUCUAACAAGAUAACAGUUCUCACUCAAGACAAACAAUUCUACCAAGAACAUGCCAUCAAAAAAGCUAAAGGAACAAAAAGUGAAGAGUCUCCAAUUUCUGAAUAAUUUUCUUUGAUAAGUUUCCUUUCUGAGGUACUCUACAAUCUGUGAAAGUGGAAAUGGAAACAUGGGCAGUGGUGAAGACAAACUGGUUUACAAACAGUGAAUUUAUGUCAAACACUGAUUCUCCGCAUUUAACUAUUUAUAAAUAAGCCAUAAUUCUUUCACAGGAAAAACACAAUCAGUGCUUUGGGGUCUUAUUUAACAGAACUGUUCAUUUUAAAACCAAUGGUCUGAAUGUCCAAGUCCAAAAACUUUAUAUUGUAUAUAGAAAUGAGGCAUUUUCCUGAUUUAAUUCUAUUAAAAAUAGACCAAACACACAAUCUAUUUGCAGUUGUUUGAAACUGGUGCAAUUAGAACCCAUGUCUUAAAAAAAAAGUUUUCUAGUAUCUAAUUCAGUGAAUUUAGAAUAGGUCUCUUCCCCCAUACUCAUAGAAUACAGCAGUGCUUUAAUACCUGCUGUGGAGACAGCUUGUCUACUUGUCUUAUUAAUCCUGUGGUAAUGAACAUACACAUAUACAGCUUCAACCCACUGACAUCACAGGAGCAGAGAACUUCUCCCACACCCACAUAGGGAACAGAGGGAUACAAAAAUAAAACAAUUGUAUCAGGCAUUUCAUCCUAUUUAGAGCUGUAUUGUUUCUCAACAUUUGUAAACAAGUUGUAUUGUUAGAUAAGAUACCACUUGCAUUAAGAUGCACUGCAAGUAAUUCCUCAUGCAGCUUCAAAUAAAUGUAAGAGAUAAAAAUAAAUUUGCAUUAAAAAGUA